AUGAGCAUUCAGGCCUACUGCGAGUGUGAUGAAGGAUUUAGCGGUGAGCACUGCGAUGUGUUGAGUCCACAGCUAUCGUUUUUUUCGAAAACCAAGAGUUCAAUACUGUCCGCUGCAAACGCUGGAGUGCUCGUAGUAAGUGCGGGCGAGAUCUUGAUGAUGAUUGUAAAAGGACUUAUGAAGCUGCACUUUCCGAAAAGUGGAGAGGAUACACAGGUUUUUUGCCAAAACAUGCGUUCAUUGCUCUUGUCAUUGGCAGGAUUUACUGUUCUCUUUUUUCACCAUCCAGCACUUUUUAACAUAAAUGCAUUUGCAUGCGGUGUAUGGCUUUAUCUUGAAACCACGUGCUACUCUUUAAGUAUUGGCUUCUUUACUCUGGAAUCACAAAACGUGCACGAAGUAGUAUUUGGCAACGCUAGAAAGAGUCAGUUUUGGAGCAGAGAAAACAAGAUUCCGUAUGAAGCACCGCCAGUCGCUAUCAGCUCCGUCGCAAUGGGUCUCAUACUGGGCAUAGGCAUAGCCUUGACUACGGCAGCACAAAUGGGCAAACUAGUAACAAAUUGGAGCUGUAUGGGACAUUUCUCUCAACAAACGCUGAACGUUUGGUUGCCCAUUGUUAUCUUCAACACAUGUGCAGCUCUUACAGCAACUUGCUUUGCUUAUAAAAGCUACUUUGUACUUACAAAAAUUCCUCAAUACCGACACGGGACGAAUGUGUACCUGGAAACAAAGGAACUCGACGUAAAAUCCUGCAUCGAAAAGUGCUAUCGCAAUGUGGCAUUCGUUGCUUUCGGUCCUUGGCUUCUCUUGGCAACGUGGAUAACCCUUGCUUUAUCAUUUGACUGGGUCACAGUUGGCUCCAUCAAUCUGUACGCCAUCCCUUAA